UAUUUAGCUCGCCGAAGCCGAGCAGAGUUGAUCUGUCAAACAGCUCGGAAAUCCUCUCACUUAUCCCCCAGCACCCAGCGGUGCUGCCUGUCGGCGCCUCUUUUACGUGCGCCUUGGAACCUGGAUGCAAACUUAAGAGGACGACGUGGUUUCUGCGGAAGGAGGCUGCUCCAACACGACUAAAGUAGCCGUCGUCUGUCACAAUCCCGGCUAGAGCCUUCGCUAACUUGGCAGCUUUUUCUCUGCAAAAGCGUCCAGUUUCUUCACGCUGAUCGACUGAAAACACAUCCCCCCCCUCUUUUUUUAUUUUUCCUUUUUCCUUUCUUGUUUUGAAGGAUCCCUUUUUGCUGGAAACCCCCUGACAGCGAGCAGGUAGAGGCUGAUCCUCUGACACGCAGCGCUGCAGAAGCGCAGAGGAUUUACUAAACAUUUGACAUCUGUGAUCCGGGGAGUGAACCGGGCAGAGACCUCAUGAAUGGAAAUCGGAACUUCAGGAGCCGUUGGGGCCCAGUCCCUGUUCUCCAUGCCUCAGCGGCCUGGCUAUGGCACCAUGGGGAAGCCAAUCAAGCUGCUGGCCAACUGCUUUCAGGUGGAGAUCCCAAAGAUGGAUGUCUACCUCUACGAGGUGGACAUCAAGCCUGACAAGUGCCCACGGCGGGUCAACAGGGAGGUGGUUGACUCCAUGGUGCAGCACUUCAAGGUGACGAUCUUUGGGGAUCGCAGACCGGUCUAUGAUGGAAAGAAGAGUCUGUACACAGCCAACCCACUGCCUGUGGCACCUACAGGAGUGGACCUUGAUGUCACUCUUCCAGGUGAGGGAGGGAAAGAUCGGCCCUUCAAAGUUUCAAUUAAGUUUGUGUCUCUGGUCAGCUGGCACAUGCUCCAUGAGGUGCUGACUGGCCGCAGCAUGCCUGAGCCUCUGGAGCUGGACAAGCCCAUCAGCACUAAUCCCGUGCACGCUGUCGACGUGGUGCUGCGACACCUGCCCUCCAUGAAAUACACUCCAGUGGGCCGAUCCUUCUUCUCAGCCCCAGAGGGCUAUGACCAUCCUCUGGGGGGCGGGAGGGAGGUUUGGUUUGGCUUUCACCAGUCAGUGCGCCCUGCCAUGUGGAAGAUGAUGCUUAACAUUGACGUCUCUGCCACAGCCUUUUACAAAGCCCAGCCAGUUAUCCAGUUCAUGUGUGAGGUGCUGGAUAUCCACAACAUAGACGAGCAGCCACGACCUCUAACAGACUCUCACCGAGUGAAAUUCACCAAAGAAAUAAAAGGUUUAAAGGUGGAGGUGACGCACUGUGGAACCAUGCGGAGGAAGUAUCGUGUUUGCAACGUGACCCGUCGGCCUGCCAGCCAUCAAACGUUCCCUCUACAGUUGGAGAACGGUCAGACUGUAGAACGUACUGUAGCUCAGUACUUCAGGGAAAAGUACAACCUGCAGCUCAAAUACCCGCACCUGCCCUGUCUACAAGUGGGCCAGGAGCAAAAGCACACCUACUUGCCUCUGGAGGUGUGUAACAUUGUAGCUGGUCAACGGUGCAUUAAGAAGCUGACAGAUAAUCAGACCUCCACAAUGAUUAAAGCCACAGCUCGCUCUGCACCUGACAGGCAAGAGGAGAUCAGCAGACUGGUGCGCAGUGCCAACUAUGAAGCAGAUCCCUUUGUGCAGGAAUUCCAGUUCAAAGUGCGCGACGAGAUGGCCCAUGUGACAGGGCGAGUGCUACCCGCCCCCAUGCUGCAGUACGGUGGCAGGAACCGCACCGUGGCCACGCCCAGCCAUGGGGUGUGGGACAUGAGGGGAAAGCAGUUCCACACCGGGGUGGAGAUCAAGAUGUGGGCCAUUGCCUGCUUUGCCACACAGAGGCAGUGUCGGGAAGAAAUUCUCAAGGGUUUCACAGACCAGCUGCGUAAAAUCUCAAAGGAUGCUGGGAUGCCCAUCCAAGGCCAGCCAUGUUUCUGUAAAUACGCCCAGGGAGCAGACAGCGUGGAGCCCAUGUUCAGACACCUGAAGAACACAUACGCUGGACUGCAACUCAUCAUCGUCAUCCUGCCAGGAAAGACUCCAGUCUAUGCUGAGGUGAAACGUGUGGGAGAUACCCUAUUGGGCAUGGCAACCCAGUGUGUUCAGGUGAAGAAUGUGGUGAAGACAUCACCUCAGACGCUCUCAAACCUCUGCCUGAAGAUCAAUGUGAAGCUGGGAGGCAUAAACAAUAUUCUGGUACCUCAUCAACGACCAUCAGUGUUUCAGCAGCCAGUUAUCUUCUUGGGUGCAGAUGUUACACAUCCCCCGGCUGGAGACGGGAAAAAGCCUUCAAUUGCUGCUGUGGUUGGCAGCAUGGACGCCCACCCCAGCAGGUACUGUGCUACUGUGCGCGUCCAGAGACCCAGGCAGGAAGUUAUCCAAGAUCUGGCAUCUAUGGUGCGGGAACUGCUCAUCCAAUUCUACAAGUCAACGCGCUACAAGCCUACUAGGAUCAUUUUCUACAGGGACGGAGUUUCAGAGGGCCAGUUCAGACAGGUGCUGUAUUAUGAGCUGCUGGCCAUCCGCGAGGCCUGUAUCAGUCUGGAGAAGGAGUACCAGCCAGGCAUCACUUACAUUGUCGUGCAAAAACGCCACCAUACCCGCCUCUUCUGUGCUGACCGCAACGAGAGAGUCGGACGUAGUGGAAACAUUCCUGCUGGUACUACUGUGGAUACAGACAUCACACAUCCCUACGAGUUUGAUUUUUACCUCUGCAGUCACGCUGGAAUACAGGGCACCAGCCGGCCCUCCCACUACCACGUACUAUGGGACGACAAUUGUUUUACUGCUGAUGAGUUCCAGCUGCUCACCUACCAGUUGUGCCACACCUAUGUGCGUUGCACCCGCUCAGUCUCCAUCCCUGCGCCAGCCUACUAUGCCCACCUGGUCGCCUUUCGUGCUCGCUACCAUCUGGUGGACAAAGAGCAUGACAGCGCUGAAGGCAGCCAUGUGUCAGGUCAGAGUAACGGUCGAGACCCCCAGGCGCUGGCCAAAGCUGUUCAGAUUCACCAUGACACCCUGAGGACCAUGUACUUUGCCUGAGCGAGCGACGAACCCUCUUAAACCAUUACCACCCUUAACACACACACACAUGCACGCCUAGUUUGCCAGUUAAGGAGUCCUCAUAGGUGCAUGUCCCACCCCCCCCCCCCCCACAUGCCUAGUCAAUCCGGACCUGACACUGUGCAGAGGAAAGCAGGGAGGAGGGAGGGGAGGAGGCACCCCCACACUGGACUGAGUAUCCAAACGCUGCUUUAAAGAACAUAAACAGAAACUCAGCACUAUUAUGCAAUAUUAAACCAGCCAACUAGUUAAUUUCCACCCUUUUCGAUGCCCCUCCUGUCUGCCCUUCCCUGUGUGUGUCCUUCAUGUGUGUCCUAGUUGGUGUUUUUCCUUUUUGUGUAGUUUUCUUUUUACUUUUCCCCAUCUUUGGUACAGUCCUCCUUAAUAGUCUGUUGUUAUUCUUUUGCCAUUACUAGUACCUCAAGUCGGUUUGAGCAGAAGCACUUUUACAUUCUCAGUUUUACUGUAGUUUGUCGAUUUCUCCCCAAAGGUUUGAAAGAAAAAAAAAAGAGGACGCUUUUGAUUUGUUUUGGAGUAUAGCCUCACAGACCACAGGUCCUCCCAAUUGCCACUUUUUUUUGUUUCCUCUCUUUCUGUCACUUUUUAUUUGUCACUUGCAUGGAGCCACAUGUUCUUUAGAGCAUACUGCCAUCUGUUGGCGAUGAGCUGUAAAUGCCCCUUAAAAGUUUUUAUUUAACAGUCGGUUGUCACUUUUGAACAGGGGCAGUUUAUAUUGGCUGAUUAUAUCAAUUGCUAAGUUGCAGCCACCUAUGGAGUUUAAGUAUAACACUGUUUUUAUCUGGAAGUGUUUCUUCUGCAUUAUGUGAAAUAUUUUACGAUUCUACUUUUUAAAAAAAAUACUUAAUUAUGUAAGCUUUUUUUUUUUUUUUUUUUAAAUCCCAGCAGUCAUUGUGGAUUCAUUCCCUUUAGUGCUUUAUCUUGCAUUGUGCUCUUUUGUUUGAGACGGUGGAUAAAUAGAUGGUGUCAGUGGUUUCAUUUAGUGCAAUAAUCAGCUGAAUGAAGGGAAGAGGAUGUUAGGGGGAAAUAAGACUCAAAAUCACGGUUAUAUAUUUCAUGUUAGUUGGUGGUCUUAAAAUGAGAAACGCUCUACCACCGUGAAGGCAUUGCUGUGCAUUGUUCCUCUUUGAGUCAAAUGGGCAGCGUGUUUUCAGAGUUUGCCCUUUCUGUUUGACAAAAUUGGCACCAAUGCAGUUUUGGUGUAUUUAUUUUUAACAUUUUUUAUUUUUUUUAUUUUUAUCCUUCAUGUUUUUAGUGGAACUGAAGGAUUUUACGUGCCCCUGUUGUUUUUAAAAGUAUGAUUAAUGGGUUAAGAAUUCCUGAUCAUCAGAUUAGUUAUGAAUUUGAAGAAUCUUAAUUCUGAAAAAAUAACUAAUCUUUUUACCCGACAACAGCAAAGUGGUAUAAAGGCCAUAGAGAGAGCGAGUAUUUAAGUGCCUGGCAGAACUGUUUAAAUGUCAAUAGUAUAUCUUGUUAUAAGGAUCCCAUUUGAGUUAAAUGAUCAAAGAGCAUAUAUGGAUUGCAUAAGAUAGCUUGAAGCAAGAAAGUAUCACCUUUUGCCUCUUAUUCUUCUCAAUAGUGUGACCUUUUUUACCAGUGCAUCUCAUUCAAAUCAGCCAUUGUUCAAUAUUUAUUCCAUAUGCCUAUACAGCAGUGUGGCUGUUGGCUUUACUUCAGAGCUGUCGUCUUGUUUAAGAAUCGUCUUUUUGCUUAAUAUUGAACAGACAUGAAUCCAGCUGCUACAGUUUGUUUGAUUAAUGAGACGGGUUCAUGGGCAUGGAAUUGACCGUAUCGUCAUUAAAUCCUUUCAUUGAAACUUCUUAGAUCUGGGACUCGCUGUGUUUCGUUCCCAUGUAAACUGGUCCAGAAUCAGGAAUAGGCUUCAAAACGCAGCCGAGGAGUCGGAUGGAUGAUCGGAAGUACAUCCAACUGUUGAGGACGUUGGUCACCGCGCAGCUCCUCUCUUUAGUUGGUGACCUGAAAGCUUAUUCGAGGUGUGUUUUUAAAAAAUCAAACAAAAUAAAUAGAUGGAAACAAAAAGUUUUCUGCACUAAAAGAAGCGUGUGUUUCAGGACUGAACACAGGCAUGGUGCUACUUUGUCUGAGUUGAGAGUUUGAACCUGAGCCUCGAUACAUGAGACUCUGUAUGAGCAUGUAGGUAAGGUAAAGGAAGAGAAAACAAACAGUUAACCUCAGUAGUUGAAGGACGGGCGAAGGUGCCUCUUUUGUGGUCGGCGUGGGACGGUCUAGUUAUACGAUUUACUUUGGAUCAGCAACGAUUUAAAAACAUUUUUUUGUUUUAAUUUAAGGUAGAUCAGCGUGCAAACGGUACAACUGCAGACGUUCCCUCGGACAGUAAGGUGAAGUGUCGUGUCCUGCCUCCGUUGUUGCGUUUGACUGCCUUUGAGAGGUUUCGCCUUGCUGUGAGGAGGCCAGUGGCUUUGAGCCUUCAUGAUUACACUUGUAUCUGUAAGCCUUUUUAAGAAGCUAGAUCGAAAGUAUAUUUGUACAUUUUAAAUUAUGUAAUGCACACCACUUAUUUUUGCUAACAGAAAAACAGUAGUCUAAUUAUUAAACCUAGUAAUAAAUGUAUCAUGAUAAGUAAUGGUGAAAAAAAAAAAGAUAUAACAAAGUUUUAUUAUUACAGUUCACUGACUUGUUCCUGUGUCACUGUAUAAUGUAUAGUAUAUGUGUGAACAUUGGGGUUGUUGAAACUAGUGAUGUGUGUUUGGACUGUUGUACUGUUAUUAAUACAGAUGUGGACUUCAACCACCUCUUGCUUUGAUUUUUGGAGAAAAAAAAUUGCAAGAUUCUUAAUUUUUUUUUUUUUUUUUUUGUAGCUGUUCAUACAGUCGGAGGCUCGUCACAGAGGAGAUGAUGUUGGCAUACUCUGAAAGCCUUUUUGUUAGACUUCACAACCUUAUUGUGACGACGGAUAGAACAGAAGGACAGUCGGUUGUUAUAUUGAGCUUGUGCUCUUGAAUGUUCUUGAUUUAACUGGUGCUGAUGCCUGCUCCCUUUCAAGGCCGGGAAGAGUGAAAAGGAAUGGGCAAGUGGUUCUGAACGUUUUGGUGAUCCGUUUCGAAGAGUAACUCGACUAGGGGUAGCAGAUCAUCCAUUCCUUCUGUGUUAAAUCCUUGGCGGAUGUUCUUCAGAUUGCAGCCUUCGUUGCUUUCCUCAGACUGUCCUCUUGAUUUGAGCCACUUUGUAAGCACACACAUCCAGAGAGUUGGCUUUCUGGAAAUCCAAAGUGUGAUAAAGCCUGUAAUCUUACUCUGCUCCUAAACAUUUACUCCCCUGUGCCAGAGGACUACAUUCCAUGGGUGUACAACCCCCACCCCCCCCCAAAAAAAAAGGUCUGAGAGAGGUUACAGCUGAAGGGCAUUUUAGUUUGCUCUAAAGAGUGUUUUGUGAUUUGGAAGGAGUAUAAGCCGAUCAGAGAGAGCUUUAUGGGGCAGGUUACAAUGGAAGUUGUGAAGGGGUGUGUGUGUCUGUGUGUGUGUGUGUGUGAGAGAGAGUGAGUGAGUGUGUGUGUGAGAGUGAGUGAGUGUGAGAAAUGGGCAUCUGACAUAGAUGUUCAGGUUGUGUAAAUCUCAUAUUGAGGGCAGUUGAACACAUGUUUACAUAGCAGAUGUGUUUUCUUGACGUACAUUUAAAAUGCCAUAUACUUGGCUUUGCAAAUAUUAAGCGAUAGUGACCUGACAUGAACUAGCCCAUAUUAGGUAUAUGGUAGUGACCGUCAAAUUUACAUACCAUGACAUUAUUUAUUUGGUCAGUUUUUUUUCUCCCCCUUCCCAGUGCUUUAAAAAAUGAUUUGCCAAAAUUUGAUGAAAAUAUUGCAAAAGUAAUACGAAUCUCUGAUUUGCUAACCGCGCUGAAGGUCAAUACGUCCUCCAUUUUUAGCCAUCGGUAAAUCUCCCCUGUUUUGGUUGCUCUAUACUUGCGGCGGAAGGUUGCAACGGCGUGAGAAAAAGUCCACAGAAAGUGCCUUUCCUCUUGAUGGUGCUGUUAAUUGAAGGAGAAAAUGUAAAAUCAAAGAGAUUUCCUCUUCUAAAACAAAGAAACGGUUGCGUUUUACACUAGUUGUGUUUUUUUUUUCAUAGAGAUGGCAAUGCAAAUGUAUUUCAUGUAUUUAGAUGGUAAAGCCUACAUAGAAGUGCAGGAGUUAUGCCAAGUACGUGGUCGUGGUUGAGCUGUCGCUUCAUAGUGCAUUUUAGUGUCUUGGACCAAUGGUGUUGGUACGGUGGAACGUGGGUUUUGCGGGGAUCGGAUGUGCGGUGCUCGACGGCCAUAUCUGACACUAGCGUUGUGUAACACAUCCCAGCCCACCGAUGACAAACAUAGCACAGCACUUUAGAGACUGCCACUGUCACUCGGACACAGCCAAGAGGUUUCAGUAUCUGUCCCUCCAGUCCCUUCUCCUCCCGUUGUUUAGGAGGAGGAAAGGAUCCGUACCUCAGCGUGAACGAGGAGCCCGAAGGGAUACGUGUUACCAAACAAUGCAGUCGCUCAUUAAGUGUGCCUCAUGCUCUCGUGACUUUGUUGGCGGCUCGAUUUGAGUCGGCCCGCUCCCUGAAACUGCCGCUCGGUGCUUUGUUGCAUCCAGAGCUGGGCGUCCAAAAAAGGAAAUAAACCUAAAAAAGAAAGAGGAUGUGUACUUUCUAGAUUCUGGGCUGAUGAUUUUUCAGCAUACUAAUAAAAGCAGACCAGAACUUUUUACACGACUACGUUCUUGCACUGAUGAUGAUUUCUUCUUGAAUGACAUUUCUUUCACCAAGUACAGAAACAAGAAUAAGAUUCAAGAUCUGUUUGAGUGGACAGAAAAACAUUGAAUAGCAGAAAAUACCUGUUGCGCAGUGAAGUGUCCUUUUUUAAAUUCAGCAGUACACAGAGAAACUAAAGGAACGGAUCCAGCGUCAGUAUUGAGACUGUUGUUGAUGCCCAGUUCUGGAGGCGGCCAGUGGCGUUAUCUCCAUCUUAGUGCGAUGCCCUGCCCCGUGUCUUGUCCCUGAAGGAGGAAAUGCGUGCCCAGCAGUACUCGAGCCAGAGUGGCAUCGGCUAAGAACUGGGGAUGGUCUGUAGUUCUGUGGGUCCCUUCUCAGCCUGGGGGGUGAAAUCUUUCUAUUACAAGAAAAUAAAAAAAAAAUAGAUAAAUAGAUUAAAAAAACACUGCACCUCACUUACCUUGGUAUGCUGCAUAUGUUAUACUACAUGAAAGAAUACUGCAAAUUGCUUUUAUUAUGAUGUAAAAUGCUUGAGUAAUGCCUGAUUGCGAUAUUCUUAUACAAUAACUAUUUUAGAGUCAGAAUAGCUAAAGCUGUAAAAAAUAUUCUGUUUGUCUUAACACUUAACCAAUUUUAGAAAAAAAAACCCAUCUUGAGCCAACUUUUGUUGUCCUAUUUAAAUGUGUUUGUUCUUUAAAUAUAUACAUCUAUCUAUAUAUAUAUGAAAUAUAUGCGUAAUAAAAAUUUAUGGCGUAUUUAUUGAGAGCGUUUAAGCGGCUGGAGUUUCCGCAUCGUUUUGCAGCAUGGUGGGGGUGGAGCCAGGAGGAAGAGGCCUUUUUAAGCCCCUCUCCCUUCAUGUUAAAGCCUUAUUCUCCUAGACACGCAAGCACAACAAUAUGGAGGAGGGGGGUGAGGUUGAGGAAAGGGAGGAGGUGGAUUUGACCGGUUGCAGAGCUUCACGUAAGGCUCCAUUUACCGGUCAGUUCGCUUCCUCCCUUUGAUUGAUAUUCUUUAUCCUCUACUUUGAUUUCUAACCACAAGAGAGGGCCGGACGGACGGCAACCCCCACAUGUUAUCUCUGACGAAGGGAACCAUUUCUGAACCACACUGACCUAUGUGUCAAAAAGAAAAAAAAAAAGAAGGCUGACUUUUCAUCCUGAGCUGCUUAUUGGUACGUUAGCCAUGAAAUGUUCCCCGAGCCAGUACGGGACAGGUAGAGUGGGAGAAGGAAGGAAAGAUGUUGGAAAUGACAAAUGUUUUGGAUUAUGUUGACACUUUUUCAUGGGCUUUAGCUUCUUUCCUCUUAAAUUGUUUUUCUGUGAAUGAUCUAUCUUGUGCCAGAAUAUUUUACAGCAGAAACAGGUCUCAUUCCACAAGAGAAAAUAUGCCUCAGCCUUAAAUGCAUUCUUACAUAAUUGUCAGAAAUCUGUGCAAAGCCUGUGUAUGGGGGACCUCCCGAUGAAACUAACAGCCUUUAUUUUAUUUUAUUUUAUUUAUGAUCUGUCCUGAAUUCCCAUACGGCUUCCUCAUCUCUUCUGACUUCUCAUGUAAACCACUAACGUUGUUGGGUAACUUGGUGAACACUUGGUGACGAUAUAGAAGCUCAUUAGAAGUGAUGUCAGGACAGAAACCUGGGGCCAGCUGCAUAAAUGACGCGUAGAUGCAAACACCAUCACAUGUGUACACACACCUGGUAUUUCUAAAAUAAACUGCACUUCCUGGUCAUCUUUCAGAGUGUACACACGCUUCUGGAGCAAUCCAAGGAUGGUUGUUCAGACUGUUCGAAGACCUGUCUGUGGCAACUGAGAAGGGGAAAAAAAAGAAGUUUGCACUGAUUUCCUGGCAUUUGGGCUUCGAAGGGAUGCGUCAUUGACGUGCCCUGUCAGUACACCUGUCUCUCCCUUUAGAUCAUGUCUACAACAGCUACGUAAUCAUCAGCUGCAGAUCAAAUCAGCCAUACUUGGGAUGCAAUGAGGAUUCCAGUGUGAUUUCAUGCAGCUUUUGUACACUAGUUUGAAAUACAACCACCUCAUUAACUUAGAUGAGACACCACUUAAAAAAAAAAAAAAAAUCUUGAUUUCUGUGUUUGUGUAUACCCACAGUUGUAGUUAUAAAACAAAUGUUAUGCAUCUGGUCCCUGGACUGUGUGGAAUGACAUUUUGGAUGUUUGCUUUUGAUUUCACCAGAUGAGCAGUUGUUCUGCCUCAGGACAAUUCAGAUUUUAGCAUCAAUUCCGAGUCAGCUCUAUAGGCUAAAAUGCCUCUUGUACAUUUCCCUUUCUUCAAACCUGCUGGUUCUCCCCAUCUUGCCAUGGUUGCCAUGGAUGGCAAAUCCAAAGAACAAUAUUUUCAUGUGACCUGGGCCCUACAAUAACCAGGAUGUUCCCCAGCACGCUGGAUUACAGAGACCUGUGCCUGUAUUAUGAACCAAGGAUGAAUUAUGUGAUGAACUGUGUUUUUUUUGUUUUUGUCUGCGUGUGUGUAUCUGUUGGUUGCCCCUCAAACCAUCAGGGGAUCAGCGAUGUGAACCUUUUGAGUGUUGUUACCCCGUUUCAAAGCGAAAAGGAUCUAUUUCCCUUUAAACCAAAUAACUUUUUUUGGUUUGGAAAAAAAAAAAAAAAAGAAGAAAACUGUUUACUGUAAUGUUUACUCCCGUGGCCCACGAGUAACCUCUGUUCUUUGCAUUUGCAUUCCAGCAGAUUUCAAACCAAAUAUUGCAGAAGAGAUUAGGCUCCUGAUGCCAUUUACCUUGUAUACACAUAAUGGUUUCAUGACAGAUAUUUGACAGUGGCCGGGGACUUGAAACACUUUAUGUACUCUACUCAAAUGUCUCUUCAUUUUCACUGUAGCAAGCUAAAGAUCAUGGGCUCUGAGAACUCUUGAGUGAGGCACCAGCAAACAGCUGUACAUGUCGGAACAGUCAACACAAGAUGAUCCAUGUCUCUGCAUUUUGUAAAGGCUCUGUUGUACCAACAGCUCGAUUCCUUACCAUUUUAACUGUCUUUCUUUUGUAACUUUCAUAGUUUGGCCUUUUUAGUGUUGCUUUGCUUCAGUUUGAAGUGUAUCUUUGACUAAUACUUGCAAUAAAAUGCUUUGCUUUACUGUGUUUUG